AUGGCUAUUGCAAAGGUUUUCUUUUCCGAUCUCAAGUCUGGGCGGUGUUCAUCCGUUGUGGAGGCGAGACUGCUUCGGUUCUGGGAGGCUAGGAACGUUAAGCGUGGUGGAGAGCUAAUGUGGAUGGAUCUGCUCAUGGUUGAUGUCAACGUUUUGGUUCCUUCGACUGUGAUGCAAGUCACGAUCAGUGCUGGCCAUCUCCCACAGUUCCGGGAAAAGCUACAUGCCGGAACAAUGUUUUCCGUGUCCGGUUUUGAUGUCUCCAGAUGCGCGCAGAAUUUCCGACUCACUGAUUCGUCUUUGAUGAUUUGGUUCAACGAGUCUACCUCAUUCCAAGAGUUGACCGAACCUGACUCCCCCUUGCCAGAGGAAGCAUUCCGGUUCCGUAACCACUCAGAGCUGAUUGGUCUUGCCAAUACGAACACUCAGCUUCCAGACAUCAUAGGUUUGAGUGUGAAGAGCACGGUUUGCGAUCCUCCGGAGGAGAAGAAUCGUGUUAUGGUGACUCUGAAGCUGGAUAGCUUCUUUGACUCUCAGGCUGUUGCUUUCCAUAUACAGCUUGAGACUAUGAGGGUUGAUCCAAAGGUCAUGGUCGUCACUAGCAUAAAUCCCAAGAUUGUCGGAGGUCGUCUGUUUCUUAACGCUACGUCGGGAGCACACGUGUAUUUUGAUAAGAAGACUGAAGCAGGAGCUGCUCUAUUCUACAGGCUGGUCGCCAGAGAUACUGGUCUGACGUCGGCCGCUCCACUGCUAAAGUCAUAUGCGAAGGUGGAAACUAUGACCAUCGCUGACCUCUGCAGUUUCAUCGUUUCUGCUGCAUCUCAGGAGAUUGAUUUUCUGUGCACUGGGAGGGUUGUCCGGAUUGACACAGAUAAGGGGUGGUGUUAUGUUGCUUGCUUGAAAUGGAGCCCUACGGCUGAAGACGGUGUGAACCCUGAGGACACUAGGUUACCCCCGUUCAUUGCAGACAUGGAAGGAAAAACGUACACUUUCCAAGUGAGGGUCACUACGUUUAACUUUACCGAGCAUCACAAGACAUUCACCAUAACACAUAUUGCUGAGAAUCAUGGACGUCUGCCAGCAGAUGACGUCGUGAAUAAUGGAGAUGAUGACGACGACGAUGAUGAUGAUGCCAGUCCGACCAUCGAGCCAUCAACUGCUGCAGGUGAUCAAGGUGGAACCAGUAAGGCGCGUAAGAAGACUGGCGCAGGGGCGUCAAAGGUAGUGAAGAAGGCACGUGCUGGUUGA